ACACUGAUCAUCGUGUUUCAUCCUGCUCAAUCAAAUGCAUCUCAAUGAGCCCACACUUUCCAUACAUAUAAACUCAACUACUAGAAAGAAUUCAAGCACAGAUUUACUUGCCCUUGGAGAGAAUCUCCCAGCACAGUGCAAACACCCAUGGCCUUCAGAAGAGUGAUCUCAUUGCCCUUCAUGCCUCCAAGGGUGCGAACUCUUACUCCAAGUACGUUUCUCAGUGGUCGAGGCUUUUGAGAGGUAAAAUCGAACCCUAUCCUCCUUUUGCCCUUUCUUUUGUCGAUCUUCCAGCUCGUCCGGAAGUUUCGAAUCAAAGAAAUGGCAAGGGCGAUGGAACAACGAGCGCUGGGGCGUGGGCGAUCCGAUCGCGCAGCCCACGUCGUUGGCUGGACGUCGACGUCCACCUCUGGAAAUGCCGUGAGCUCCACUCCCACUGGCUUGGCGGCGAGCUGCUCUCUCGGGCCUCUUUUGCGCAUCGAUCAACUUCCUCGAAUUGCCAACUACGUUCUUGGGGCCGUGGUUCUCGUCGAGGCCCGAGGCAAACCGGACAGGAGGAGGAGGAGCUUUCGACGCUCCUGGCAUGAAGAGGGUGGUGAAAGGAAAGAAAUGGAGCAAGAGCGAGCACUCCCGAGAGAAGCACUCUGUAGAACGCCACGGCUCACGCCAUGGCUCACGCUUCUCCCAUGUAGAGACAAGGCUGGGCUCACGACGCUCCUGGACAGGCAGACGAUUUACAGUGGUAUGUACCAUUCCCAGAGGCUGCUUAUCACUUCCGGUGACUUCGAUCGGGACGAAGAAGGCAUGACAUUGGAGCAGGUUGUUUUCCGAAAGCUGCAAGACUGGACACUCUCCAGCAUGUUUGGCUCAAAGCUGGUAGGCAAGUGCCCGCUUGCAACUACAAGUAGUGUCUAUCUGGAGCUGGAGGAGAGCUUGGCGAAGCACUUGGCUGGAGAUCUCAGCGAAGAAACAGGCAUCAACUUCAUGGACAGUCGUGUUUUCAGUCUCAGCCCUGCUCCAAGUCGGGUGCUCGCGUCCUCCUCAGGCUCUCUUUUGCUGGCACACACAGCGAGCUUGAUCUCGGCAUCACUUGGACAGCCCCGGUGGAUUGGUCUCCGGCUCGGGCUCAGUUCUACACAAGCUGGUACUUGGCUGGCAGCGGGAAUGCAAGGGGAUCCAUCGUGAUUUCGUUUCGGGCAAAUGAUGGUUCUUCCCGGGACUGUUACUCUCCAGGCAUCGAGGCAGCCGAGGAUGAUACCGAGGUAUGUUCGUUUGAAUGGCCACACGCUACAGGUUUCGUUGGAUUGCCAAAACGUGGAGUUUUGGGACUGAUGAGAUUCACACCAGCAGAAGAUCGCAAAGCUCCUGCGGCUGUGGAGAUUUCUCAGCGAGUUUCUAUUGCAACCCAGGCCAUAACUCUUGACGAUCUAUUACCACGAUGAUCGAUUCACAACCCAAGAGGGGGCUUUGCCAAGGACGAAACGCCGAGCAGCACGAAUGCGGGGGAUAAUCUCGUCUGGUGGGCGAUCUAACAAAAACGCCAUGGAUUUCGCAAAGACCCCUGUCAUAUGGUUCAAGUACAUGGUAUGAUUUUUUUAUUACGGGAACCCGGUUGCCGAGAUGAUGGCUAUCAGGUAAGUGUAGAGGUAAACCGUUGUAGAAGACCCGGGUUCGAUGCCGAAGGGUCCACUCAACAAGGACUUUUAUGCAAAAAUUUUGCUAAAUAAGGAGCCAUUAUUCUGGUUCGCCGGCUCACAAAAACAGCUUAGACCAGUCAUUUAGGACAUCGGUCUCCCAAAACAAACGUUUCGGGUUCGAUUCUCUUCCCGAUAUUUGUAAAUACCAAAUACUGAAUCAUCGUCGAUCAUCAAUGCGGA